GUCAAAAUAGUACUAGCCAACGCCGCCCCCUUGAUCGUCGAAUUAGCUGCAAAGAUAACCUCCUUGGUAGCAGAGCUGCAAGUAGGUCUGGCAGCCCAGGGACUGGAAAAUCCAUCCUGGGCUGAGAACAGCCCUCCAUACCUCCCUUCGAAUUUACACCAACUUCGAGAUAAAGUGUUAGAUACAACUGCUGAGCUCCAUAAGGUUCUCUUGGAACCUCUGAAGCUGAUUUACAAAGUUGCCGGGAAAACGAAUCUCAACAAGAGGUUAGUCAGACGCCUGCUUCGACAUGCGAUAUCCAUACACAUCCUGAUAGAACCCGAACCCGAUGUGGUGGCACAUACCAAGACCUCCAAGUUUUUGGCCAUCCCAUAUAUAGGUGACUGGGCUACAUUUGAAAGCCACGAUACCUGGCUAGCUAUUCCGAGAAUUGGGGAAGCCAUAGAGAAAUGGCCGUACUCCGAAGAAGCCAAUGAGACUGUGAGUCUAGACCAUGUUCCAUGUCUGACCGACGCGUUCACAAAAUACCAUGAAUUCGAGCGACCCCUAGACUAA